UCUUUAUCUCCCGAAAGUGGGAGAGCUCUUCUAUGUACAACCUCCAACCGACGAGCGUCUGAGUUUGAAGUACCUAUCUGUAUAAAUACAAAUAGCCCAUCAACCAUGGCCUCGACCUCAGCCUCGCUGCACCGCAUACGUGCGCCAGUCCAGCGAGCCCUCACCAACGCAAGCACCCUCAGCGCCGCGGCGUCAACCCGGUCCUACGCCACCAUCCCAACAAACACGCCCUCAACCACCACCUCCCCGCCCGCCAAACCCGCCCGCCGACCCACGUACUUCAAAGACACAACAAUCGCCUCGCUGGACGACUUCAUCAGCAGCAAAUCCUCAUCCCUCCCCCCCUCCGACGCCUACCAGCUGCGCACAGCCGAAGUCGGACCCGCGUCGAACCGGCGCACCAUCACGCGGCUGCCAGAAUGGCUCAAGACGCCGAUCCCCGCCGGCAACGACAACUACAAGAAGAUAAAAUCGGAUCUGCGCGGGCUGGGACUACACACGGUGUGCGAGGAGGCGCGGUGUCCGAAUAUAUCGGAGUGCUGGGGCGGCAGCAACAAGAACGCGGCGACGGCGACGAUCAUGCUGAUGGGCGACACCUGCACGCGCGGCUGCCGCUUCUGCAGCGUCAAGACGAACCGCAACCCCGCGCCGCUCGACCCGCACGAGCCCGAGCACGUGGCUGAAGCGCUCGCGCGCUGGGGUCUCGGAUACGUGGUCUUGACGAAUGUGGACCGAGACGAUUUGGCGGAUGGUGGUGCGCACCAUUUCGCGGAGACGAUCCGCAAGAUCAAGGCGAAGAAACCGAGUUUGCUCGUCGAGGCGCUGACGGGGGAUUUCAUGGGCGACAUGGAGAUGGUGAAGGUGGUGGCGGAGAGCGGACUCGAUGUGUAUGCGCAUAAUAUGGAGACGGUGGAGGGGCUGACGCCGUAUGUACGAGAUCGACGAGCUACGUUUCGGCAGAGCUUGAAGGUGCUGGAGCAUGUGAAGAAAGUGUGUGGGGACGAGGGGAUUAUUACGAAGACGAGCUUUAUGCUUGGGCUCGGGGAGCAGGAGCAGGAACUCACGGAUGCGUUGAAGGAGUUGAGGAAUGUGGGGUGUGAUGUUGUUACGUUUGGACAGUACAUGCGUCCGACGAAGAGGCAUCUUAAGGUUGAGAAGUAUGUUACCCCUGAGGAGUUCAAGAUGUGGGAGCAGCGCGCGCUGGAUAUGGGGUUCAUGUAUGUGGCUAGUGGGCCGCUUGUCAGGAGCAGUUACAAGGCCGGUGAGGCGUUCAUCGAGAAUGUUUUGAAGAAGCGGGCUGAUGAGAGAGCUGUUGCCGCGGCCUCUGAGGGUAAAUUGGGACAGACUAUCGCUAUGGAAGGGGCAUAAGAGUAUGUGCUGGCUGUUUAUUAUUAUUAUUUUGAACAGUAUAUACGUUCGACAUGUUUUAUUCAACAUGUAUAAAUAACGGGGCUGCUACGACUUGGAGACGCCCAGGGAUUGGGCAGCAUGGACUUGGCGUACUUAGAAUUUCGGGUUAGGUAUCGGUUGCCGUACUAUAUAGAAACGGUCGUCCGUGAUCUUCUUCAACCAAGAUGCGACGGCCAAAUCAAAAUUUAAUGACGAUCUAA